AUGGACAAGAUGCAGCCUAAAACCCAGACCCAGAUUCCAAACUCGUCUAAACCCAUACAGGGACAGAAGAUGGUCUUCCGGAUUCCAAACUAUCGACCGAAGCAUGUCCUAUCACAGGGGUUCGAGGCAUCAUCUGAACAUGUCUAUCACUCCCGUCGCUCUCAUCGAAAAUCCCGCGCGGGCUGCGUGAACUGUAAGAAACGAAGAAUCAAGUGUGAUGAAUCGAAACCUAUUUGCAUUCGAUGCCAGAAACAUGGCGUUGAAUGUGACUACUCUGGCCGGUUACCCCGGCCCCAAAAGACCACGAAUAUCGUUUCCCAGUUCAUCAAAACCAACCCCGAGUUGAUGGCGAUCAAUUCCUUGGCAUCUUCGAUGUCUCUGAUAAUGGUUUCGGACAAGUUGAGCGAAUUGCUACGACCACCCUCCCCAACUGGUACCCCAUUACCAAAAUUACUCACAGACGCCUCGGCGUCAACCCGUACUAUAGAAGCAUUGCAUCAUUUCCAUACAGGCCCAGCCUUUUCAACAGAAGGCCAAACCAACGUCCGCAUAGUAAUGGGCAAAAUGGUCGAACUUGCAUUCGAAACCCCAUUCCUCAUGCACGCCAUAAUAGCCGCAGCAACAAGCCACCUCUGCACCCUCCUCCCAGACAACAAAGACUACCGCCUCGCCGAAGCCUACCACUGGCAACAAACAAUAACCCAAUAUGCAACCGAAGUCUCCACAAACAUCACCCGCCAAAACAUGGACAAGCUAUACUCCACCUGCAUGAUGAUCAGCAUGCACUCCUUCCUCCAAGAAACCUUCAACCCGCGCUCCUCCUUCGUCUUCUCCUCCACCCCAACAGCACUAACCUGGCUCCGCAUCCAAACAGGCCUGCGCUACCUCCUCGAGCGCACAAUCUCCUGGCUCCCGCAGAGCAUGUGGUGGACGGUCUUCAUGGAGUCGCGAGCCCCAACAGUCGACUUUGAAGACAAGCGGCCUGGUCGCGUGGGCCUUGAUCUGGAGUUGGCGGAUCUUUGUGGGAUUACGGAGGAUUCGACUAUUGAGUCGAAUCCGUAUCUUUGGCCAUUGCGUAUGCUUAUGGGGUUGUUGCCGCUUGAGCGGGGGACGGUCAGUUUUCAGACUUAUAAUACUUGGAUGGGGAGGCUGGAGACUCCGUUCUAUGAUUGUUUGGAUAGGAAGGAGGCGCCUGCGCUGGUUUUGUUGGCUUGGUGGUUGGGGCUUAUGUGUUCGGUUGAGGAGUGGUGGGUUGAGGUGAGGGUUCGCUCGGAGUGUACGGCUAUCUGUAUGUUUCUUGAGAGGAGUUGUGAUCCGCUUGUUUUGAAACUGUUCGGGUUUCCGGCGUCGUGUUGUGGGUAUUUGCUCGUGCAUGAGCAGGAACGAGGUAGGGUUCUUGAGUUGAAUUGA